AUGGGGAAAAAACACAAGAAGCAUAAGCCGGAAUGGAUAACAGUUGGUGACUACGAGGACAAAGCUCUUGAGAAGCCCUUGAAGAUCAAGCUCAAAGUCGGGGGGAGUGAGGUGACGGAGCUCUCGGGGUCGGGCCAUGAUUCCAGCUACUACGAUGACAGGUCGGACCAUGAGCGAGAGCGCCACAAAGACAAAAAGAAAAAGAAGAAGAAAAAGUCUGAGAAAGAUAAAGACAAAUAUGUGGAUGACGAAGAGCGCAGGCGGCGGAAGGAGGAGAAAAGGAAGAAGAGAGAACGAGAGCAGCUUGAGGCGGAGGCAGCAGCAGCUGCUUCAGCCACAGGUGUCGGCGUGCCCGUCGAGCCAUUCACGUUGUCGAAAAGUUUGGCUAUUGGAUUAGAGCCGGAGGAGAAGAAAAAGAAGAAAGAGAGGUUUGAGGUGGAACCUGAAGUGGAGGAGUUUCACCCCAAUGUGAAGGUGGAUGUCGAGCAGCAAGGAGACAGGCCAGUUAGAGCAUGCCGCACUCAACAAGAAAAUGAGUCCACUCCACGUCAACAACUGCUGGAACACUUCCUGAGGCAGCUGCAGAGGAAAGAUCCACAUGGAUUCUUUGCGUUUCCAGUAACGGAUGCAAUCGCUCCCGGUUACUCGUCCAUCAUCAAGCAUCCCAUGGACUUCAGCACCAUGAAGGACAAAAUCAUAAACAAUGACUACAACACAGUGACAGAGUUCAAGGCGGACUUUAAACUGAUGUGCGACAAUGCUAUGGUGUACAACCGACCGGAGACAGUCUACUACAAGGCUGCCAAGAAACUGCUCCAUACAGGAUUUAAGAUGAUGAGCAAGGAGCGUCUUUUGGCUCUGAAGCGCAGCAUGUCCUUCAUGCAGGACAUGGAUUGUACCCAGCAGGCUGCCAUUCUGGGCGAUGAGGACCUAACGGCUGAUCUCCCUCCUCCAGAGACCAUCCCCAUCCCCAUGGACACUCUUAAAAAGUCCAGAAAACAACCAGCCAAAGACAUGAAGGAAGUCAUCAGUUACCUGUUUGAGCCGGAGGGAAACGCCUGCAGCCUGACUGACAGCACAGCGGAGGAGCACGUCCUGGCGCUGGUUGAACACUCUGCAGAUGAAGCUCGGGACCGCAUCAACAGAUAUAUGCCAAACUCCAAGAUGGGUUACUUGCGUAAAGAACCAGAUGGCUCUCUUUUAUAUACUGUUGUAAAUCAGCUUGAUCCUGAUGCAGAAGAAGAUGAGACCCAUAAAGUAGACCUGAGUUCUCUGUCAAACAAGCUUUUGCCUGGUUUAACAACAUUAGGUUUCAAAGAUGACAGGAGACAUAAAGUGACCUUUCUUAGCAGUGCUUACAACACCCAGAGCCUUCAGAAGAAUUCCGUCUUUUCAGACUUGCAGUCUGACGAAGUGGACAUGCUGUAUUCAGCCUAUGGAGAUGACACCGGAGUACAGUGUGCUCUGAGUAUACAGGACUUUGUCAAAGGGUGUAGUGAUGUCACAAAGCAUUGGGUUGAUGGACUCCUGGACAAGAUGACGGCAGGCGAUCAUACCAAAGCCGUCAAUCAGAUUCGACAGAAAAGAAACAUAAUGCUGAAACCUGAUGAAACCAAGUCCAGUAUCUGUGACAUGCAGAUGCCAGAUGGUGCUGGCCUGGGAGAGAGCAGCUCUGUGCUUGACUUCAUGUCAAUGAAGAACUAUCCCGACAUGUCCCUGGAUAUUUCCAUGCUUAACCCCUUAGGUAAAAGUGUGAAAAAAGAGCCCGGGAACGAGGAUGGCCACCAGCACUUUGACGACACGGAUAAGCUUCUGCAGGAGUUCCAGGAGGCUCAGGUUGACAGAGUUUGCUCCAGACCCUCCUCCAACCUGUCCUCCCUAUCCAACGCCUCCGAGAGGGACCAGCACCACUUAGGGAGCCCGUCACACCUGGGAGUAGGGGACCAGUCGGAAAUGGUUCACGACCCCUACGAGUUCCUUCAGUCUCCGGAGCCAGAGGGCACAGCCAACAGCUGA